AGCCAAAGCAGCCGACGUUGCGAAGCGCAUGCGAAUCGUGUUUUACGUUUUCUUUGUGCACAGCCCGUUCGUGCCUACUGCAACGAUCACUCGCUUUAUGAAGUGUAACCCGGAGUAACAGCAUCCUCACCUUCACCAGUGUAUUCUAGAGCUUCCGUCUUACUUUGCAACAAUGGCAAGAAACGCAGAAAAGGCUAUGACUACGCUGGCUCGUUGGCGAGCCGCUCAGAUGGCCGAACAAGGCAAGGGUGUCCAGGAAAGGCGGCCCUUCUUGGCGUCCAACUGUCACAACCUGAGGAAAUGCGAGAAGUGGAGGUUGCAGGUCAUCCGCGAGAUCGUCAAAAAAGUCGCCCAGAUACAGAACGCUGGCCUGGGAGAAUUUCGUAUUCGUGAUCUGAACGACGAAAUAAACAAGCUGCUUCGAGAGAAAGUGCAUUGGGAGGACCGGAUCAAGGAGCUAGGGGGUCCCGACUAUGCAAAAGUUGGUCCGAAGUUGUUUGAUCAAGACGGUAGAGAGGUGCCAGGAAAUCGAGGCUACAAAUACUUUGGUGCUGCAAAAGACCUUCCAGGAGUACGGGAGCUCUUUGAACAAGAACCGCCGCCUCCGCCGAGAAGAACGAGGGCAGAAAUCAUGCGUGACAUAGAUGCAGACUACUACGGUUACCGAGAUGACGACGAUGGUGUCCUGGUACCGUUGGAACAGGAGCAAGAAAAAGUGGCCAUAGCUAAGGCUGUCCGCCAGUGGAAAGCAAAAAAGAAAGGAGUGAAGGCCGCAGCAGAAGGGGACCUCGCCGCUGCAAGCAGUGCAAAAGAUGAAGAGGACAUCUAUGCAGUGGAGCCCGAGAGUGACGAAGAAAUAGAUGAUGAACCCACUGCGGAGAGUGCUGAAGAGCAAGCCAGGUUUAUCGCUCAUGUACCAGUGCCUUCGCAAAAAGAGAUCGAAGAGGCUCUGGUGCGAAGAAAAAAGAUGGAGCUGCUCGAGAAGUACGCCAGUGAUGUUCUUCAGCAGGAAGCGGAGGAAGUGAAGGAGAUGUUGGGAUUGCAGUAGCAUACUGCAACAGGAACUGUACAGUUUUUAAUUUAGCGUCAUAGUAAAAACAUGCAUUACCAUU